AUGUCAUCUCUCUUCAAAUAUUCUGCAGUUCUGCGGAUCAUCAAGGCGCGUGAGCACCAUCACAGAUUGAAGAGAGAGAAGAAGAAGAUAUUCAAAAAUAAUAUGAAUAACACUGCCUGUGAGAGAUUGAAGAAGAAGACACAGAAGCUGGCAGAGAAGAAGAGAAUUGAGGCCUUGUUCAGGUCUCAAAUAUGUUUUAUAAUUCAGAACAUUGAGAAGACAGCCCUGCUCUCUGAGCAUGUCAAUCUGCUUAUCACUGAAGUGAAACCUGAGACAGCAGACCAGGAAAUGCAGGAUUUUGAGAUGCAGAUUGAUCUGGCUGAGAGAAAGCAGCAGGAACUCUUCUCUGAGAAGGCAGUAGAGAGAGAUUUUGAGAUGAUUAUCAUCUCAGAUGAGGAGAAGAAGAAGAAGAAGAAGAAUAAGAAGUGA